GCUGAUAAGAUUAAGCAAUGUAUUUGUGGUUUGGUGCUUGAUUACCAAACCAAGUCUGAGAGGAACAAUUCUGGUUCUUCAACUGCUUAUGAUAGUUCUUCUACUCCUGCAAAUGAUGAUCUUGAUUUUGAACUGUUUGUGAGUCGGAGGAAAAAAAGCAAAGCAACUCUGGUCCAUACUGAACUGGAUCACUAUCUUCUUGAGGAACUGAUUCCUAAAAGGUCUCCUGACUUUGAUAUACUGAUGUGGUGGAAACUGAAUGGCCUUAAGUACCCCACUUUGCAAGCAAUUGCAAGGGAUUUCUUGGCCAUACCAAUUACAUCAGUGGCUUCUGAAUCUGCUUUUAGCUCUGGUGGGAGGUUAAUAGACCCUCAUCGGAGUAGAUUGCACUAUGAUACAAUAGAGGCAAUGAUGUGUACCAGAAGUUGGAUUAUGGAGGAAAUGCAACAAGAAUCAUCGAAGGCUGCUGUAGAGGCAAUGGAAGGGGUGUUCUCUGCUCUAGCAAUUUCAGAUUCCAGUACUGAAGAUCAAGACGAAGCUGUUCAGGGGGGACUUGUGAUGAGGAAGCAUCUAAUAUCCCUAGACGACUGAUUUGUUCAAUGCAAUGAAAGGUUCAAG